AUGCACCGUACUCCCCCACUCGAUGCAAACAGCGCCGGGCAACAGGCGGAAGAUCCCAGCUUCUCCAAUCUGCCGCCUAACCUGAAGAGACGCAUUGAUCGCGCCUUCGACGAGGCCCUCGCGAACAAUAGCGGCGUAAGACCUAGCAAACGACGCAAGACAGCCAACGAUAGCUUCGGACAGACCUCCAAUGUGUCUACAACCUCCCAGCAUGGAGGAUUUCUGCCUGGAGGGUUUAUAGUCGACGAACCGGGUGGCUUUAUCGUUGAUUCCAGUCCUCCCCCAGGCAGCGUCGACUCGGGAGACUCGCCAGCCCCCGCGAAACACUCCGACAUCCCCCUCUCGCUGAUUCCCGCGGCGCUGCAACUUCUCGACCUUCAACCCGACGACGAAGACGUUCUCUCAGUUUUCAGGAAUGCUGCUUCAGGAUGGACAGAUGCUUCCGGUGUGCAAUCGAGCGUACCGGAUCCCCAUGUCAGCAGGCAAGAUUGGAGGGCUGUCUGCGCUGCGCUCCUGGGCACGGGUGCAGACGAGCCAGAACGCAUGGACGAUGAUGCGGAGAGUGACGGACAAGACAUUGUCGAAGACGACUCUGAUCCGGAAGAGGAAUAUAUGGACAGUGGUUCUGAGCAUUCAAAGUCUUCGGCAGAGUUGGCAGACUCGGAUGAUGAGUAUGUCGAAGGCGGGUUCAUUCCCUCCAAAGGCAAGGGGAAGACCCGCGGUCAGGCCGCGACUGAGAAGCUCCCGCGCGGAGGACGAAAAGGUUUGUCUUUGGACGACUCGGAUGCAGACGAGGGGACCAGUCGCGCGCGCCCUCUGACCGCGCGUCAGAAGCAAGAGUGCCGCCGCGCAUUUGGCCUGUUCUUCCCCAAUGUCAGGGACGACAAACUAGACGACCAGCGGAUCAUGAUUAAGGACAUCACUCGCGUCGCAAAGCUGCUGAAGGAGAAGCUCUCCGCGGAAGAGAUCAUGGAGAUGCUGGACGCAUUUUCUUCGUCUGCAGACAGGUCGAUGAACUUGCAGGACUUUGAGCGGAUGAUGAUAGCGGCGAAGCUAGCCUAG